AUGUUGAAGAAGUAUGGUGUGAAGCAUAAGGUGUCUACAGCCUACCAUCCCCAGACCUGUGGACAAGUUGAGAUUUCUUACAAGCAAAUAAAAGGAAUCUUAUCAAGAGUUGUUUGUGUUUCGAAGAAAGAUUGGUCUACCAAGCUGGAUAAGACUCUAUGGGCGUACAAGACAGCUUUCAAGACACCCAUAGGAAGGACACCUUUUCAGUUGUCCAAGCAAAGAGAGUUCUUGACAUCCAUGAACUUGAGGAAAUCAGACUUGAUGCCUUUGAAAGUUCCAAAAUCUACAAGAAGGCAAACCAAGGCUUUUCAUAACAAGAAGAUUGUUGUUAAGGAAUUGAAAGCUGGUGAUCAAGUCUUGAUGUUCAAUUCUAGACUUAGGCUGUUCCCUGGAAAGCUCAAUUCUAAAUGGUCUGGACCGUUUGAAAUCAAGGAUGUAUUGCCAUUUGGUGCAAUCACUCUGCUUAACAAGGAUGGCAGCGAGUUCACUGUGAAUGGUCAACGUGUCAAGAGGUCCUCCAUACAUCUCUAUGAGCCUCCAAAAGCCUAA